AUAUUUUUGAUACUUGGGUGGGAAAUUUGUAUUUUCAUAUUAUUGUGAAAUCAGUAAUUGACUUUAAACAGUAGGUAGUGGUAGAUAAAAAUACUGAAAUCUAACAUGAAUACCUGUGAUAUUAUUCAACUAUUAAAUAAGCAAUAUGAAGAGCCUUCUUUUGUGGUUAACUUUCCUGCAACGUCGGUCGAGGAUUUACAAAGGAUCCCAAAGAUCAAAAACUCUCUUACAUAUUGCAGACUUUUGCCUUGUCUGUUUCACAAAUUGUCGACGAUAAAUUGAUACCAGUAGAAUCUAUUGGCGCUUUUGUUAAUACUAACACAUAUUUAGUUCAGUGGAGUUUUACUAUGGUACAUGAACAAAUGGAAUUGAUAUUAGAGAAUGUGUUCUUUUAUUGGAAGGGAUCAAAAGCGCCCAAAGGGCUUUCUCCAUUGCCUCCAGACAUUGAUAACGAGACCGCUAUUGUUAAUAGAAUUGUCCAAUGGAGUGAACCUGCAGUAUUCUUCCAUUUAUUUGAAAAAAAUCGUAUGAUCGUCUUUGAAGAAAAUUUUAAUCCUUCAAGUCCACAUUUAUUUAUCGUACGUGGUGAACUCUCCAGGGAAUUGCAUUUAUAUGAAGUGCCAUUUAUGAAGAAAAACUUAAGAAGUAGGGGAGUGUUUGUGAUAGCAGUACCACAAACGAGGAGUAUAUAUGUUUGGACAGGUUCCAAGAUUACAAACGAAUUAAAUGAAGUAGUAAAAGAAGCAUCUUUGGGUGUUACAGUUAGAAAUUAUGUGGAUUCCUGGAAAAAUUUUGAAAUAUUGGAGAUGAAAGAAAAUGAAGAGGAUGAUUUGUUUGUAGAAGAUAGUAGUGAAUAUUGGCAUGUUAAAGAAGUAUGUAAUUUUUCACCAAAAUUGUUCUUUCUAAAUACAAUUAUAGGGGAGUUUGCAGCUAUAGAAGUGGAAUAUCCUUUAAGGAGUAAAGAUUGUGUAGCAGCUUUCCCAUUCUUACAGUCCUAUCUAAGUAUAUCUGAUGAUCAGCCAGGAUACUUUUUGCUGGACAAUAAUCAUGAAAUUUGGCUGAUAACAUGUGACUUAAAACCCUCAGAGACUCUAAGAGAAUUAGAAGCGUUAGCAAGUCAAUUUGCUAGAAGCUAUACCGAAGAAAAGGAAAAGAUGUUGAGCGUUUCAAUACCUUUGAAAUUUGUUAAGCUGGAUUCAGUACCUAUUGAAUUUACUAAUAUUUUUCCGCAUUGGAACUAAUAAAACAAUAAUAUAUUUGUUACUUUUU